UAUUUCUGAGGGGUCACACUGAACAGCUGUUUAUUGUUAUAAAAUCAUUGCCGGCAAUUUGUUUUCGCGAUUUUGUUGCAUUUCUAUAUUAAAAGUAAUGACUAGACAAUGCUAAUGCGUAGAAUUAAGCUACUUAACUGUCUGGGCGCACGCUACAGCAGCUUGCACUACGUGACGACGCCAAUUUUCUAUGUAAACGCAGCACCACACAUUGGCCACCUGUACUCGGCGGUGAUAGCCGAUGCCCACUGUCGCUACCAGAAGCUACGGCAUCCUGCCAUUGAUGUCCGGCUGUGCACGGGCACCGACGAGCAUGGGACCAAGAUCCAGCAGGCGGCAGCCAGCCACAAGGUGCCCGUGGAUCAGUACUGCCGGGAGAUAUCGUCCCGCUACCGGGAGGUCUUCCAGGCGGCGCACAUACAGAAUCACGACUUCAUACGCACCACGGAGGAGCGGCACAAGCAGGCCGUGGCCCAGUUCUGGCGCACGCUGCACUCGCGGGGACACAUCUACUCGGCUGCCUACAGUGGCUGGUACUGUGUGUCCGAUGAAGUCUUCCUCACCGACUCCCAACUGCGUCUGGACGAGGCCAGCGGCACGCGCUACUCCCUAGAGUCGGGCCAUCCCGUGGAGUGGACGGAGGAGACCAACUACAUGUUCCGCCUCUCGCAGUUCCAGGACGAUGUCCGGCACUGGGUCAAGCAGGAGGCGCGCAUACGGCCGGCCAAGUUCGAGAAGAUUCUUUUGGACACGCUCAGUGAACCGCUGCCGGAUGUGUCCGUGUCGCGGCCCUCCAACCGCGUCCACUGGGCCAUACCCGUGCCGGGGGAUGACUCGCAAACGGUGUACGUUUGGCUAGAUGCGCUGGUCAACUACCUCAGCUCCUUGGGAUAUCCCAAUGAGAAGUUUCUGACUCACUGGCCGCCUGCCCAGCAGGUGAUUGGCAAGGACAUACUCAAGUUCCAUGGCAUUUACUGGCCCGCAUUUCUGCUGGCCGCUGGCCUACAGCCGCCGCAGCAGCUGUACGUGCACUCGCACUGGACCGUCGACGGUCAGAAGAUGUCCAAGAGCAAGCACAAUGUGGUGGAUCCCGUACAGGCCGCCCAGCAGUACACCAUGGAGGGGCUGCGCUACUUUCUGCUGCGCGAGGGCGUCGCCCACAGCGAUGGCAACUACAGCCACGUGAAGGCACUGCGCAUCCUCAACUCGGAGCUGGCGGACACUUUGGGCAAUCUGUUAUCGCGUGCCUGUGCCAAGUCGCUGAAUCCCCGCCAAGUGUAUCCCCAGCCGCAUGCCGAGCACUUGGCGGAUCUGCUCCAGAAUGUGGAUGCGGCCAAGCGUCUGCGGGACACGCUGCUACAGCUGUCAGAACGAUGCGAGGCGCAUUAUGAGUGCAAUCACUUCCACUUGGUGGCCGACACGACGAUGGCUGCUCUGCAUGCGGCCAACAAUUUCUUUGAGAGUGCCAGGCCCUGGGAGCUAAAGGGCGGUGCCGAAGGCGCCAACGAGCCCCGACUGGCGACCAUAAUCGCCAUGACAAUGGACGCGCUGCGGCUCUGCGGCAUUGUGCUCCAGCCCAUAAUUCCUCAGCUGGCCACACGACUGCUCGAUAAGCUCAGCGUGCCAGUGUCCCAGCGCGGUUGGGAUUGUUUGAACGAGAACUUUGCCAGGGACUCCAGCGGUAACAGCACGAGGAGUCGUCAUCAGUUGGAUGGGCAGAGUAGUGCGAUGCUUUUCCAGCGCAUUAUGGAGGAGAAGGAUAAGUCCGUUCAGCAGAAGCCACAGCCGCAGCCACAGUCGCCUCAAGCCAAGCAAAGCAAAUCGAAAAAGGAGCGCCUCAAGGCGGCCAUCAGCAACACCACGACAACGACAACGACAACGUCCUGAAGUGGCCGUAAUAAACCAAGUCCCUGAGUCAACCUACAAACCACUUGCCUUGCCGUAUUUAUU